AUGUCUUUUGCUUCCAGUCCGGCCACCAGGAAUAUCGUUGCGGUGAUAGGUACAACAGGCGUGGGUAAAUCCAAUCUGGCGGUUUCACUCGCUCAUUCGUUGAUCCGGUCUUCGCCCGGAUCCGCGAAUGAUGAACUGCCGUGUCUUGUUUCGACUGAAAGACGUCAGCCAGCUGUGGUACUAUCUGCAGACUCUAUGCAGCUCUACAAAGGUCUGGAUGUGAUCACCAACAAAGUCACUUUGGCGGAAAUGGAAGGAGUGGAACAUUGGGGUUUAGAUAUGGUAACUCCUGGACACGGGGGUAGUUGGGAAGUUGGUAAAUGGUGUAACGAGGCGGACAAAAAGAUAGCUAGUAUGGCUGCUUCUGAUCUCCCUAUCAUAUGUGGUGGAACCCACUACUUUGUUCAACAUUUCCUCUUCCCACCGCCUGAACUAUCCUUCACUCGAUCAGCUUCCCCCUCAAAGGGAAAAGCACCACUACGAUGGACUCCGCCAAGAAGCCGUCCUCCCGUGCCAGAUACAAUGGACCUCGAAUUGAUUACCUUGCUCGAUACGUUCUGGACAUCUGAUCCGCAAUGGCCAACUUCAUCAUCCGCGGACAAGGUCAACUCAUCUUCUGCAGGACCUUCACAUCCUAGCUCCAGUCGACCAACGAUCAGCGAGGAUUCUCAGUUGCUCCUCUUGCAUCAAUUGCUUUGCAUCGUGGAUCCUAAGGAAGGACGGCGGUGGCACUGGCGCGAUGGUAGGAAGGUGAGAAGAGGUAUUGAAAGAUGGUGGGAACGUGGCGGAACCGUUAGUCCGGAGGUUAUGGAGGAUGUCGCCGAAGAUAAUUCUGCGGACAAGGGAAGGAAAGCAAGAUUCCGAACACUCAUAUUUUGGGUUUAUGAACCGCUCGAUACAUUACGUCCCCGCCUGGACAAGAGGGUUGACCAGAUGGUUGAGAAUGGCCUUCUUAAAGAAAUCGCCGAGUUGCGAAUCAUCGCUGAGGCAGCAUAUGGCACGGCUGACGCAACAGAUCAUACCGAAGGGAUCUUUCAGUCCAUAGGCUACAAAGAAUUUGCUUCUCUGCCUCUACCUCAAUCACAACCUGAAGCGCAUCCAUCGUACCGUCCGGCGCUAGAAAGGACCAAGAUUUCCACACAUCAAUAUGCAAAAUCCCAGCUGAAGUGGAUACAAAAGCAGCUUCUGCCUGCCGCGCAAGAAGCUCGGGCACUAGGAGGGGACGUAUACGUGUAUGUUGUCAAUGGUGGAGAGAGAGGAGUAGCGCCCUCGGUCAAGGUUCUCAAUGCCUUCUUGAACGGGGAAGCACUACCAUCACCUGAACAUGUUGGUCACGAAGCGGCAAGUGAAUUGCUCAAGGUUUUGGACGACCAUCUUGAUAUCAGAGUGCCUAAUACGGCAGAUCGACAGGAUUUGAAUGCCCGCAGAGACUGCGAGCCGUGCUCUUUGCCUGAUCGACCCUAUUCUCUGAGUUUGAAAGAAUGGGACACUCAUGUCAAGUCGAGGAACGCAAACCCGGUGAAGAGGGACAAGGCAGAAUGGAUCGCUCAUCUUAAAGCUCAAGGAGAAGCCAAGCGGUUAGAGAGGGAAAAGGUGAAAGAGGAAUUAGCUGUCACUGAUAGAGAAUGA